AUGAGACAGCGCUUCUUCUUUUCAUAUUCCGAAGAUAUCAGAAUGCUCAAAUGGGUCGUUAGAAACGAACCGAUUAAGCCUCUUGGAACUUCGAUUUGGAGUUAUUACAUCGAAACCUAUAGAAGUGAUCACACUGUUCAAUCACUUGUCGGCAGAAUGCGCCGUAAUGUUAUUCCGAAUAUGGAUUUCUAUUUGAAGAAAAUGAAAACAGAUGAAAAGAUCGCACUGUUGAGAAUUUUUGGACAGCGAAUAGACAAUCAGAAAAGAACAGUUAUUCGGAACUCGAUUCUGGUAUCUCAAGAUUCUACAAACCAAACGAGAAGAGAUCAACGAAUUCCAAAAACUGUUCUGAACUGUAAUCCAAUCUCCAAUCAUGACAAGCAAUGGUUCAUCGAGGAGCGAACGAAUAUUGCAUCUCAUCAAAGAUCGACUACAAAGGAAGUGAAACGAACUCAUUUCUCAGAGGGAAUCCAACUGGAUGAGCUUUUUGACAAGAUGCUCAUUGUUCCUAAAAAUAUGAAUGCUCCCCUUAUCAGUACAAGAUCUAGUAUCUUGAAAGCUGCAAGAAUGAGAUACCACUUCAAAAUGUUGAAGGAACUUCGACAGUUGGCUGUCAAUCCACAUGUUCGAUCAGCUGUGUUCAUGUACUUCCAAUACUUUGAGUACUAUAUCAGUUUCUACGUGUCCGAUAUAUUGGAAACGUAUGCCGAAGUUAUGAAUCUUCUUUUUCAAGUUUCCAUCAAACUAGCGACGUUGUGA